AUGCGAUUUGCAAGCACCAUCACACCCCUCUCACUCUUCGCCACCGUGGUGUUUGCUGAUCUUGGAUCAAUAAUUGCUGAUGGAACAUCUAUUGGGGGAAAGGCUUCUGGCGCCGUAAAUACUAUCACAUCAGACUAUGCCCAAGCUCAGGCUACUCAAGACGCCCUUUCCACAGCAAUAUCCUCUCUAUCCUCUGUCACUUCCAUGGAAGCCACAGCCACCGGCUCUGCACUAUCUUCCCUCUCAUCUGAAGCAUCCUCACUCUCUGAAGCCGUCUCUUCAAUCUCCAAAUCUCUUUCCAAAUCCGCCUCUCAAGCUUCUACAUCUAAUGCUGCAUCAUUGAGCUCCCAAUCUAAGAUUGUGACAUCUGCUCAAGCACAAGCUACGAGUAUCAGCGCCGAGGUCAGCAGUUUGGAAAGCAUGGCAAGUACGGCUACAGGAAAGGCCCAAACCGAGGCUUUGGAGAGCGCUAGUAGCUUAAGCUCGAAAUUUGCAAGCGCCAGUAGUGUCGCUAGUGCCGCGGCUAAUGCUACUGCGGCUUCUGGAGAUUCUCCAGAGAAGUAUGUCCCAGUUUGGGGAGUUAUGGUUGGUGGAGCUUUGGGAUUAUUGAUCUAA